GGGCACAGGACCUGAGUGGGCACCCGAGCCUGUCAUCCCUGAGGGGUCGGCGGGGUGCAGACGGCGAUGCACCCCUGUCCCUCGCCUACCGGCCGCGCGCGGCUAGCGUCUCCCAUCCCGCGGCCCCGCCCCUUGCCCCACCCCAGCCGGGGGACCUAGCCCCGGCCGCUGCGCAGCGGCGGCCGCAACAGCACUCUCGCCGCCGCUGCUCCGCCCCAUCCCCUUCUGUUUUUCUCUCAUUCUCCGGUGGCGGCGACAGGGAAGGCGGAGGAGAGGCUGCAGCAGCCGGCGCUGCCUGCAAUGAAUGAUCCCCCAGCUGGGAGGGAGGACUCCAGGUGAGCCUCUGCCCUCCGAAGGACCGGGACCCCCCGGCCGCCCAGGACUCGCAGCCCCCGCCAUGGAUCCCUAGAGGAAGACGAGAAGGGGGAGGAGAAGACAGCUCUGCCGCCCACCCCCAUCUCAUUUUCCUCUUCCUUUAUCUCAUUGUUGCCGAAGCUGUUUACAGCAGCGCUCCCUCUUGCCCCAGCAUGGGGCGGGCUCUGGGCACUGCCCUUCGGCAGACGCUGCUAGUGCAGUUGCCUGGGGAUUCUGCCUAAUUCUACCUCCCCAGCCGGUGCACGGAGGACCUGAGAGCUGUGGAGGCCGGGACUGCAGCAGCCUCGGGGCCACCUCCCAGCAUCCCCACCCUAGGAGGCUGCAUGCGGAUUGAAGAGCAGCGCCUGGGGGCUGGGCGGGCCUUGCUGAUCCGGACCUAGGACUAGGACCGGAGGACCAACCGGGAAGGACAGUGCAGCAAGAUGGCCAGUAAGACCAAGGCCAGCGAGGCCCUGAAGGUGGUGGCCCGGUGCCGCCCCCUCAGUAGGAAGGAAGAGGCUGCUGGUCAUGAGCAGAUUCUGACCAUGGACGUGAAACUGGGCCAGGUGACUCUGCGGAACCCCCGCGCGGCACCUGGGGAGCUGCCCAAGACCUUUACUUUUGAUGCUGUGUAUGAUGCCAGCUCCAAGCAGGCAGACUUGUAUGAUGAAACCGUGAGGCCCCUGAUAGACUCAGUGCUUCAGGGUUUCAAUGGCACCGUGUUUGCCUAUGGACAGACAGGCACUGGCAAGACCUACACCAUGCAGGGGACCUGGGUGGAGCCGGAGCUCCGCGGGGUCAUCCCCAACGCCUUUGAGCACAUCUUCACACACAUCUCCCGCUCCCAGAACCAGCAGUAUCUGGUUCGGGCCUCCUACUUAGAGAUCUAUCAGGAGGAGAUUCGAGACCUGCUCUCCAAGGAGCCAGGCAAGAGGCUUGAGCUGAAGGAGAAUCCCGAGACAGGCGUCUACAUCAAGGACCUCUCCUCCUUUGUCACCAAGAAUGUCAAGGAGAUCGAGCAUGUGAUGAACCUGGGGAACCAGACCCGGGCUGUGGGCAGCACCCACAUGAAUGAGGUCAGCUCCCGCUCCCAUGCCAUCUUCGUCAUUACUGUGGAGUGCAGUGAGCGUGGCUCAGAUGGCCAGGACCAUAUCCGAGUAGGCAAGCUCAACCUAGUAGACCUGGCUGGCAGUGAGCGGCAGAACAAGACAGGCCCCAACACACCUGGAGGGCCAGCCACACAGUCCACAGCUGGUGGUGGCAGUGGAGGUGGCAGUGGUGGUGGUGGUGGCAGCAGUGGAGAGAGGCCUAAGGAAGCCUCUAAAAUCAACCUUUCACUGUCUGCCCUGGGCAAUGUGAUUGCUGCUCUGGCUGGCAACAGGAGCACUCACAUUCCAUAUCGGGACUCCAAACUGACCAGGCUGCUCCAGGAUUCACUAGGGGGCAAUGCCAAAACCAUCAUGGUGGCCACAUUGGGGCCAGCUUCUCAUAGCUAUGAUGAGAGCCUCUCCACACUACGGUUUGCAAACAGAGCCAAGAACAUCAAGAACAAACCCCGGGUGAAUGAGGACCCCAAGGACACCCUGCUUAGGGAAUUCCAGGAGGAGAUAGCCCGCCUGAAGGCCCAGCUGGAGAAGAAGGGGAUGCUAGGGAAGCGGAGGAAGAGCAGCCGCAGGAAGAAGGCUGUGUCAGCCCCAGCAGGGUACCCAGAGGGGCCUGUGAUCGAGGCCUGGGUGGCUGAAGAGGAAGAUGACAACAAUAACAAUCACCGCCCACCCCAACCUAUCCUGGAAUCAGCCUUGGAGAAGAACAUGGAGAAUUACCUGCAGGAACAGAAGGAGCGGCUGGAGGAGGAGAAGGCCGCUAUCCAGGAUAACCGCAGCCUAGUGAGCGAGGAGAAACAGAAACUUCUGGAGGAAAAGGAGAAGAUGCUGGAGGAUCUGCGGCGGGAACAGCAGGCCACAGAGUUGCUUGCUGCCAAGUACAAGGCCAUGGAGAGCAAACUACUCAUCGGGGGCAGGAACAUCAUGGAUCACACCAAUGAGCAACAGAAGAUGCUGGAACUGAAGCGACAGGAGAUUGCUGAGCAGAAACGCCGUGAGCGGGAAAUUCAGCAGGAGAUGAUGCUCCGAGAUGAAGAGACCAUGGAGCUCCGAGGUACCUACACGUCCCUGCAGCAGGAGGUGGAGGUUAAAACCAAGAAACUGAAGAAGCUCUACGCCAAGCUGCAGGCGGUGAAGGCGGAGAUCCAGGACCAACAUGAUGAGUACAUCCGCGUGCGGCAGGACCUGGAGGAGGCACAGAAUGAGCAGACCAGGGAACUCAAGCUCAAGUACCUGAUCAUCGAGAACUUCAUCCCCCCUGAGGAGAAGAACAAGAUCAUGAACCGGCUCUUCCUGGACUGUGAGGAAGAACAGUGGAAGUUCCAGCCUCUGGUGCCUGCAGGAGUGAAUAACAGCCAAAUGAAGAAGCGGCCAACAUCUGCAGUGGGCUACAAGAGACCUAUCAGCCAGUAUGCUCGGGUUGCCAUGGCAAUGGGGUCCCAUCCCAGAUACAGGGCUGAAAAUAUAAUGUUUUUGGAAUUGGAUGUGUCUCCACCUGCUGUCUUUGAGAUGGAAUUUUCCCACGACCAAGAACAAGACCCUCGUGCACUACACAUGGAGAGGCUUAUGCGGUUGGACAGCUUUCUGGAAAGACCUUCCACGUCUAAAGUGCGAAAGUCCAGAUCCUGGUGCCAGAGUCCUCAGCGGCCUCCACCCUCCACCACACAUGCCUCCAUGGCCUCUGCUCCUCUGCACCCUGCAACAGUGGUAGACCAUGAUUGAUAACCUUCAGUCAGCUGCCCACCUGACAGACUCCUAAGACAGGGCAGCAAACCCUGGCUCAUCUCAUCUGCCGUUUGGUGCAUGUGUGUGGUGUGUGUGCAUAAGCUGUAUGUAUGUAUGUGUGUGUGUGUGUGUGUGUGUGUGUGUGUGUGGGUGGGUGGGUGUGGGUGUGGGUGUGGGUGGGUGUGCGAAGAGGCAAGAAUCUGGCAGAUGGUGCCUCUGCCGCUGUCUGUGCCUCCUUUAUUUAAUUCAUGUUAUUUAUUCAUGGAGCUUGGUUAGUGAGGAGAGAUGUCCUUGCCUGAGCUGUCUGGGCCUGCCAUGCUCACUGCAUAGCCUCCUUUUCUCCUUAGCUGGGGAGACCCUCCCAGUCAGAUCUCAAGCUCCUCCCCCAUGUCAGCUACCCCUAGGAGGGAAGAUGGCCUAUGCCUGAGAAGACAGUACUUUUUCUACCCAUCUUUUUCCAUAGUCUCCAUCUUCUCCUCUGAUGGUGAGCGCACUUGAACACAUUCUGGGGAUGGGAAACUGCUGGGUACCCACUGAGGGCAGGAGGCUUCCUGACAGUGUUGGGCCUAUGCUCCUGGUGGACUGAGCCUUGCUCUCCUCUCUCUGGGCCUCAGACUCUUCCAACCUCCCCCGCUCUUUUCCAAGGACUUCAGUGGCCUCACCAACACUCAGCCCAUGUUCUUCAGACUUGGCAAGAACUCAUGACUUCCCCAACUCUACAUCCUUGCCCACCUUCCCCACUCUCAGACUGGGUAUUGUGAACAACCAGUUGUCGCCGUGGGACCUGAAGGAAAUGGAACAGUGUGGAGACAACGUGGCCUGUCAUCAAGGAAAGUCCCUCCUCUGCUCUCUUUGUUGCUGUCCCCUCCAAGAAGUUCCUUUGGUGAACAGCCAUCAAACUAACUCUGUUUUGAGGUGUGGCUUCUUCCGGCUUUGAUCAUUGUUCCCCCACAGCUGCCAGAUCUCAGUCCAGGGAGGGAUCAGUGUCAUUCUGCCCCUGACUGUAAGCAGAUAGCAAAAUCCGUUCCUUUUCCCUUGCAGCUAGCACAAGAAAAAGAGACCAGGCACCGUCUUUGCUGGAUUGCUAUUUACCCCUGUUUCUUAGCCACAUUUUGGGGAAUACAAUUUGCUGAAAAUUACCGAGUUUAUGCAGUGUAGUGGUUAUCACAUUCACCUCACAAUUCGUUGAAAAUCCAUCCAUUCUCUACUACUUGUACAAAUUGGUCCUUCCUCAGCUUCUCACCUUCCUUUGUGAUAGCCCCAAAUGUCUCCAGGUAUUGCAAGUGAUAAGUAAAUUUCUAUUUUUAAAAAAGUUAAUUUUCAUUCCCUUUUUUUUUAACAUGGUAAAACUUUUUUU